CUCUUGUCUCCUCCCUCAUCUCCUCCCUGACCUUUCACAUCCUUAAUCAUGGCAGAACUCGAGAAUGGAAGUCCUUCUCCGACACAACCUCCAGACAUUCAGAAUCCAGACCAGGAAGACAUGAUUCGCAUCAUGCUCGCCACAGACAACCACAUAGGGUAUAUGGAGCGCGACCCUAUACGUGGACAGGACUCUAUCAACACGUUCAAAGAGAUACUGCAGCUCGCUGUGAAACACGACGUCGACUUUAUUCUGCUUGCGGGCGAUCUCUUUCACGAGAACAAGCCCUCUCGAGAAUGCUUGUAUCAGGUCAUGGCAUUGCUGCGGGAGUACACGAUGGGGGACAAGCCGGUACAAGUGGAACUGCUGAGCGAUCCGAACGACGGCAAGGCAGAUGGCUAUUCCUUCCCCGCAGUCAACUACGAAGACCCCAACCUCAACGUCGGCAUACCUGUCUUCUCCAUUCACGGCAAUCAUGACGACCCACAAGGCGCUGGUGCUGAAGGUGCCCUUUGCGCUCUUGAUGUCCUCUCCGUCUCCGGCUUGAUCAACUACAUGGGCAAGUUCGACCUGCCACUUUCCGAAGCAGCGGCAGCCAAGGACGGAAUCGCUGUCAAGCCUGUACUCCUUCGCAAGGGAAAUACUCUGCUAGGCCUGUAUGGGAUUGGCAACGUGAAGGACGCGCGCAUGCACUUCGAGCUACGGAGUAACCGCGUGAAGAUGUUCAUGCCGCGGGACAAGGAUAGCUGGUUCAACAUCCUACUGCUACAUCAGAACCGCGUUAAGCACGGCCCACAAGAGUUCGUUCCGGAGGGCAUGUUCGACGACAGCGUCGACCUCGUCGUCUGGGGACACGAGCACGACUGCAGAAUUGUCCCCGAGCCAGUCGCAGGAAAGAAUUACUACAUCACCCAACCCGGUUCCUCGGUUGCAACAUCCCUCUCCGAAGGCGAAACCAUCCCCAAACACGUAGCCAUCGUCUCCAUCCAGGGCAAGGAGUUCAAAUUCGACCCCAUCCGCCUCCGCACCGUCCGGCCCUUCGUCACCGAAGAAGUCGUCCUCAGCGAAAUCGCCGACGAAGAAGACCUGGACCUCACCGACCAAUCCCAAAUCCACAAGUACCUCAAAUCUCGCGUCGAUGCCCUCAUCGCGCGCGCCCACGAGGAAUGGGAGGCACGAAAUGCCGAAGCGGUCGAGCAGGGGGAUGACCCGCUCCCCUCCAUGCUCCCCCUCGUCCGCCUACGCGUCGAGACGACGGGCGUGUCGGAGAUGUCGAACCCGGUGCGCUUCGGGCAGGAGUUCCAGGGCCGCAUCGCGAACCCCCGCGACGUGCUCAUCUUCCACCGCGCGAAGCGGAUGGCGCGGAAUGCGAAGGUGGCGAUCGAGAAGCCGGAGCUAAGCAUCGACGACCCGGAGUUGACGACGUCGGAGAAGCUGGAGAAGGUGCGGGUUGGGACAUUGGUGAGAGAGUUCUUGGCUGCGCAGGAUAUUCAGCUGCUGGGGGAGAUGGGGAUGUCGGAUGCGAUACGGAUGUUUGUGGAGAAGGACCAGAUCCACUCGAUUCAGGAGCACGUGCAGGCCGAGUUGAAGAAGAUGCAGCAGAACAUGCGGAUAGACAACAAGCUGGAAAAAGAGUUGGAUGAUUCAGACAUCGAAGAGCUGCUACACAAAGCCAAGGAGAAUCAGGAGAAGGAGUACGAGGAAACGUACAAGCAGCGCAAGUCCUCGAAGGGCAAAGGCAAAGCCAAGGCGCCUUCUCCGACACCCGCAGAAGAGUCCGACGACUCCAUGAAGAUGGACAUCGACCUUGGUACCAAGGGCUCUGACUUCGACGACGACAUGGAGUCGGACCCGCCUCCGAAGAAGAAAGCUCCUGCGCGGAAGGCGCCUGCGAAGAAGGCCGCGCCCGCGAAGAAAGCGCCAGCUAGAGGGGGGAGAGGGAAGAAGGCGGCAACGCCGGACGAUUCGGACGAGGCCGAGGUCAUCGACAUCGACGACGUGAGCGGCAGUGAUGACGAUGAUGAGCCGCCCCCGCCACCAAAGAAGAAGACAAAUCGCGCAGGGACGUUGAGUCAAACUGGAACGAAGAAAGCACCCGCGAAGAGAAAGACUGCCGCAAGCUCUUCGAAGCAGACGCAGCUGACGUUCACGCCAGCGACGACGCAGCGGACGUCGAGUCGGGCUGCGGCGACUAGGGCGAGGGGGAAGAUUGUGAUCGAGGAUGACAGCGACGAUUGAUAUAUCUUCGAAUACACCGUGUUCUCUACAUGUAUACACUGCUUAAUGUGCUCACUACCUAUUUACUGCUGCAGACAAGCCUGACCAUGGUCUUCGACGGAGCC